GUGGUCGUAAAUUAUGGGUUCAGAUGGUUAAAUCGUUCAAAUCUGAAAAAACUUUCUUGUGUUGAAACAGAACCCAUUUGCAAAAGAAACGUGCAGCUUACAAUUAUUUCUAAAACUUAUCUUCCGCAGGCGAAUAAAAUUAAAUGAAGCCGGUCGUUUAAUGUUAUCUGAAGUCGUGACUUUCGAUCCGCUAAUAAAGUAAACACGGCUGCAGAUGCAUGUGCUCUGCGUGCUCUUACUUGUAUGUGUUUAAAGAUUAAAAUCGAACGAGAGUUCACCAACUCUACAAUUGAAUCGAACACAGCUUACCAUUAUCUCGUUACAACAUAUCUAAAGCACACAAACACAUCGCAUCGCAUAUCGUUGUUUACAUAUCCGGGCCUAUAUUUGGACGGGGUACAAUCAUCUCACAAACUAUCGUCAUUUCGCGAAGAUGCCCGAGAGAAAGUACGCCGUCGCGUGCGCACUUGUUUUUCUGUUGGAAAUAAGUUGUGUUGUGGCUUCAAGCAGUGAAGAUAAAUGCAUAGACUAUUACCAGACCGGAGAUAAUUUUGAUUUGAAUGAGUUGGAAGGCAGCCGGUUUGUAGUGUACUUCUGGCCGCCGAAUCAGAGGCAGAGGAGCAACUGCGAAGUGAUCACGUUUAAGAAGCUUUCGCGGCAAGAUGUGCAGGCUGCAUACAGUGACUGUAAGAAGCUCGACGUAUCGAACCAGACUGUUGUACAAGCGUCGUAUGUGAACAACGCUGGGAAAUCGAUGACACAUCUCUACUACGGCGACGUCGAAGUGAAGCGGCAGUACCGAACUUGUGAACGCAUUUCAAAGUACAUAUUCAAGAGGGUCAGCGAUAACUAUGUGAUGGGGAUCAACUGUUCGGCGGGAGGGCGGGGACUAUUGCUGUCGAAGACUCUACCGAGCGCGUCCGAAGUGCAGUCGGUGGCUGACCAAAUUGAGAUCAUGAGUGGUCGAGAAGGUAGCCCAGACUGCAAGCUAUCAAGACGAUGAGUUUAAUGUUUUAUGAUUUAAGUAAAUACAAAGUUACUGAAACUGAUAUUAUGUACUUAAAUGUUUACCUACCUUAUAUUUUGACAUUAUUUUAUUUGUGUAUUUCGUAAA